AUGGCAGAGCAAAGUCAGCGUCACCCUCGUCCUGGAGAGCACGAGAGCGGAAAAGAGCUCAAGCUGCUGCAUUUCAUCUACGAACAGCCCGACAUUGAUCAGAUCAGAGGCAACCCGCAACGGGUUCUGGAUCUCAUCCACAAGUUCGAAGAGAAAUAUCGUUUCAUGAAUGUGGGAGCCGCCAAAGGCAAGAUCGUCACCGAUCUCAUUGCUGAACUCAAGCCACAUACAAUGAUCGAAUUAGGCGGCUACGUAGGCUACUCAGCCAUACUGUUCGGCGAUGCCGUCCGCCGAGCUGGCGGCAAGCGCUAUUUCAGUCUGGAACUGAAUCCGGAAUAUGCCGCCAUCGCCAACAUGCUGAUCGAGCUGGCCGGUCUGCGGGACUUUGUCCGCAUUAUCGUCGGUCGAAGCGACAAGUCGCUGCACAAGCUGUGCACCAGCGGCGAGGUCAAGCAGAUCGAGCUCAUGUUCCUCGAUCACUACAAGCCCGCGUACACCACAGAUCUGAUGCUUUGCGAACAGCUCGGCAUGAUUGUUCCCAAUGUCUCGGUUCUGGCCGCGGAUAAUGUCUUGCGGCCCGGUAACCCACCGUAUCUGGAGUAUGUCCGCAGUACGGUGGAGCAGAAGCGUGAGGCCGCCAAGAAGGGACCGAUCAAGAGCUAUAACAAAGAAGGCAUCCCGCAGCGGACGGUCCAGUCUUUCCUGGGCGAGGAUGAUAAGCCCGGUUUUGAGGUGCUCGGGGACCCGAAUUUAGUGUACAAAAGCACGCUACAUCAGCCUGAGGGGUUGCAAGUGCGUUGA